AUGCAAUUAUCAACAAUGUUAACGUUGCAUGAAGACAAAGAGAACACGAUAGAAGGUAAUCAAGAGAUCCAUAUAGGUGAAUCAUUUAGCUCAGAAUCACCGACUUCUGAUGAGUCUGACAAAGAAGAACCACUUGACUAUGGGGAUCGCAUUCUCGGACAGGGUUAUGAUGAUAAUAAUGCGAUUAAGAUAGGUAGACGGAUGCCUAGAAGCGAUGCUGAUUCCAUUGUGGGCGGAGAAUCUAUAACUGAUGUUUAUGAAGGGAAGCACACUGUUAGCGAUAAAAACAAGACUGCUGGAGAACAAGAUGUGCAUACAUCGGGGAAAGCUAAAGACACUAUAAGUCAUCCCGACUAUAACGAAUCCCAGAAAGUUUUUUCUUUCUCUUUGCCAUUUGGAGGUUUAACUAACAUCCGGUCAAAUUUGUAUAAACAAUUUCAAGCAUUCAAACAGGACCCUUUACCCCAUGUACAUAACCAUGAUCCCAUCAGACAUGAAAUCGGGAUUAAAUUACAACGACAACAAUCGGUUAGCACCCUUGACGAAGCUAAUUAUUUUAAAGACUUCAAGGGUGUGUAUGACGUUCGUUUCAGAGCAGUGAAGCAUUCUGUUGCAGCGAACCUCAAUGAGAUGUUGCCAGAUUUCAUUCUUUCUAACAAAAAGGGAAAAGAGUACGAAACUAUUUAUAAUGAAAUUGAUGGGAAUAUCGUAUUAUUGGGGGGCUAUCGUGGGUCGGUCUUACGUGAGACUAAGACAAAUAAACGAGUUUGGAUUCCUUUUAAGGCUGGUUUCAAUCUAAGAAAAAUAAACCUCUUACUAGGACCUACAAAAGAAGAUGAGUUAAAUGCAAGUCGUUACAUUUAUCCUGAUGGGGUUUUGAAAAACAUAGGACCCGUUGAUAUUUGCAAAAAAUUAUUAAAAAAAUUGUCACAUAAUCCCAAAACGAAUGUUAAAGAGUUUGGAUACGAUUGGAGACUAAGCGGAAACAUCAUAACAGAACAGUUUGAAAAGUUUUUAGAGGAAAUUUACAACCUGACUGGUAAGCCAACUUUAGUAAUAGCACAUUCUAUGGGUGGAAUGAUUGCUCACAGUGCAAUGCAGAAAAAUCCAAAAUUAUUCAGAUCUAUUGUAUAUGUUGGGGUACCUAGUGAAUGUCUCAAUGUCUUGGGGCCUAUACGGUUUGGUGAUUCGGUUUUGUUUUCAGAUAAAAUUUUGACUCCGGAAACUAAUUUCAUGAUGCGUUCGAGUUUCAAUUUCUUGCCACCAAGCGGCAGAGCAUUCGUAAAUAGAGAUACUAAAGAAUUUUAUGAUUUGGACUAUUUUGACCCUGAAACAUGGGUUGAAUACAACUUGAAUCCAUUGGUUGCAAAGUCCAGAAAACUUCAAGAAAUGUCAAGGAUAUCAAGUCCUGUAUCUGAUGACGUAGCAAGCUCAAGUACACUUGCAACUUCUGAUUCUGGUUAUUCAUUUCCAAGAAUCAACAAUUUAGGAUCUAGGCUUUUAAACUACAGAACCAAAUCUAUUUCUCGUAGAAAUAAGCCAAGUAGUGUUCAUACUGGUACUGAAUCUACGAGCCCAAGUAAUCCAAGUAUAAGUUCCCUUAGAUUAUUUUCGCCAUCUCCGGAACCUCCGAGCGAAGAAGAACAUUAUUUUAUUCUGUUUACCCAAGCUUACGAAUACUUGAAAGAGACCUUAAAAAGUACUAAAGAAUUCAUUCUUGGGUUGAACUUUCAGGAAGAAUUAGCGGCUGAGUAUCCACCAUUAGCUGUUGUUUAUGGUAACCGAGUUCCUUCCGUGAGAGGUUCGACUGUUCGAGACAUAGACGAUAUAAAGGAAGGUAAUUAUUAUGAAUUUUACUAUGGUCAUGGUGAUGGUGUUAUACAUCAGAAAUGGUUAAUGCCAGAAAAUAAAGGGUUUCAAUUUUAUGAUGAAGAAACCGGUGAAGGUGAAAUUGUGGGUAAAUUCUCGUCAAGCUGCGGUCAUGUUAAUUUAAUGACGGAUUUCAAAGCCAUGGGUUAUGCAUUAAGUGCUGUUUGGCAAGCAGAACAAAUCUGGGAAGAAAAGAAAGCAAGACAAAAACAAAAUCGUAGUUUAAAAAAAUUCAGAUUCAACAGCAGCGAUUUGGCUUACAUAAAUGAAUCUAGCUAG